AGGACAAUAAGUUAUGAAUAAACAUAGUCCAUUGGGCAUAUAAAAUAAAACAAAGAAUAAGUUGGUCUAAUUGAAUAUGGAAGGUAGUCAGAUAAUUUGUGUUGUAUUGGUGAUAAUAUGUACACAAAUUGCAUAUCAAAUAAUAAAAAGUUUACGGUGGAGACCCAAAAAGCUUGAAAAAAAUUUGAGAGAUCAAGGAUUUGGCGGAAAUCCAUAUAAUUCUAUUCAUGGAGAUUUGCCAGAAAUCACCCGUCUUAGUCGUUCUGCUCUUUCUAAACCCUUUUCUUCUUUGUCCCAUGAUCUUAUGCCUAGGAUCAUGCCUCUUGUUCAUCAAAUUGUUCAAAAAUAUGGAACAAAGUCAUUUAUUUGGUAUGGAAGAAGACCAAGAAUAAACAUAACAGAUCCUGAAUAUAUAAGGGAGAUAUUCACCAAGUAUGAGGUGUUCCAGAAGGAACGUCCAAGGAGAACCGGAUCUUUUGGUCUCGUCAUGCGAGAGGGUGAAGAUUGGGCCAAAAUUAGAAGAAUUCUUAACCCUGCUUUUCAUGUUGAGAAAUUGAAGAGCAUGUUGCCAAUAAUGCAGCUAAGUUGCGAGACCAUUCUAAAGAAAUGGGACGAAAUGGUGGAAAAAGAAGGGUCAGCAGAGAUUGAUGUGUGGUGUUAUCUAAGCAGCAUGUCAGCAGAUGUGAUUGCCAGAGCUGCUUUUGGCAGUUCUUAUGAAGAAGGCAAGCGUUUAUUUAAGCUCCAAGAUCAACAUGCUGAUCUUUCCUUUCAAGUCCUUAGAUCUGUUACUAAUUACCUUCCUGGAUUCAGCGAAAUAGCAGCUAAAUUCAACCGAAAGAAGAUAAAAGUGGAUGAAGAGAUCGACGAAAUAGUGAAGAGUUUAAUAGGGAAGAGAAAAGAAUCACUAAAAACAGGUGACUACAAGUACAAAGAUGACUUAUUAGGGAUCAUGUUGGAGUCUAAUGAGAAAGAAAUAGAAGAGCAUGGAAGUGGUAUGACAAUGGAUGAUGUUAUGCAAGAAUGUAAAUUGUUUCAUUUAGCUGGAGAAGAUACCACUGCUGCAUUGCUUACUUGGACUAUGUUGUUAUUGAGUCAACACCAAGAUUGGCAAACCAAAGCUAGGGAAGAAGUCUUGCAACGUUUUGGCAAGGAUCAAGUUCCUGAUUUUGAUGCCCUCAAUCAUCUUAAAAUUGUGCCUAUGAUUCUAAACGAAACCUUAAGAUUUUACCCGCCCGUGACCUCUAUGUCCCGAAUCAUCAAGAAAAAUGCGCAACUAAAAAGGUUGUCCUUGUUGCAUGGGACCGAGCUUAGUUUGCCAACAAUCAUGGUCCAUAGAGAUCCAAAUAUAUGGGGUAAUGAUGCAAAUGAGUAUAAUCCUGGUCGAUUUGCCGAAGGAGUCUCCAAUGCAGCUAAAGUCUCGGGUUCCUUCUUUCCAUUUGGGGGUGGACCUCGAGUUUGUAUUGGACAAAAUUUUGCCUUGCUCGAGGCUAAGCUUGCUUUGACAAGGAUACUUCAACGCUUCUCAUUUGAGCUAUCUCCAUCUUAUAUCCAUGCUCCUCGAGCUCUUGUGAGCUUGGAACCUCAAUUUGGGACUCCUCUCAUCUUACACAAGAUCUAAAUGAUUUAAUAUUGCAAAUGAUCUGGAUCAUAUUUAAGGUCUUUUAAGUAAUGUUGAUCUAGAUGAUUUAUUUAGUACGUAAGCUUAUUAAAUAAACUAAUUUAUCUUUAUGUUAUCCCUUUUGUCUUGAUUGAUAUUUGUAUGUUUUGUUAGUGGAAUUGUGGAAAUUAUGUCACUUUUUUAUGACUAUAUAUGAUGUUCUAUUAAUAGAAGUUGGGCUUAUUUUCUUUUCAAUCUUCAUUUGAUGUGUUCUUUUGAAAAUGUAAUGCAUUGUUUUAUUAAAAGCCAACUUAUAUAUUGUUUUA